AUGGCUCCAUCAAGCUCUACGAAAAGGCCAAAUUUUCUGGUCAUUGUUGCCGAUGACCUCGGGUACAGUGACAUCUCACCAUUCGGCGGAGAGAUCAAAACGCCAACUCUCGAGAAGCUGGCAAAAGAUGGCAUCCGCCUGAGCAACUUUCACACUGCUUCUGCCUGUUCGCCAACCAGGUCGAUGCUGUUCUCCGGGACGGACAACCACAUUGCCGGGCUUGGACAGAUGAUGGAGCACAUGGCAGCAUUUCCUGACGUCUUCAAAGGAGUGCCUGGGUACGAGGGCUACUUGAACUGGCGUGUUGCAGCGCUUUCAGAACUUCUGGAAGAUGCUGGAUACUUGACCAUCAUGUCGGGAAAAUGGCACUUGGGCUUGACGAAGGAACUUGCACCCUGCUCUCGUGGCUUCAAGAAAAGCUUCAGCUUCCUGCCGGGUUCGGGUAACCACUACGGCUACGAGCCUCAGCUCGACGCCAAUGAAAUCAAGAUCCCCUGCCUCAACACCGAUGAGCACUGGAUGGACGGCGACAAGUUCAUCGACAGACAAAAGGACCUGCCGUCCGACUUUUACUCCACCAAGUACUUCACGGAUAGGCUGCUCGACUUCUUCGAGAAACGCACUCCUGACGAGAAGGACCAGUCAUUCUUCGCUUACCUGCCUUUCACAGCGCCGCACUGGCCUCUACAAGCCCCUAAGGAGGUGAUUGAUCAGUACGCUGGAAUGUAUGACAAUGGUCCCGACGAGCUCGCUAAGCAGCGGCUUGAACGCCUGAUCUCUCUCGGACUUGUCCGCCCAGGCGUGGAGCCAGCACCGCCGUCUGGCAACAUUGGCAAGCCAUGGACUGAGCUGACUGACCAAGAGAGGAAAGAGUCUGCAAGAAAGAUGGAGACCUUUGCCGCCAUGGUUCAACUCAUUGAUGAGCACGUCGGGCGUGUCGUUGAUUACUUGGAAUCAACUGGAGAGCUUGACAACACUUUCGUUCUCUUCAUGUCUGACAACGGCGCGGAAGGCGUUGCCCUCGAGGCUCUACCGCUCAUGGGUGGUCCGCGAACCAUGGCCGGAGUGAUUGACCGGUACUACAACAAUAGCUACGAAAACAUCGGCGACAAGACGUCUUUCGUCUGGUACGGGCCGCGGUGGGCAUGCGCCGCAACAGCGCCAGCGCGUGGCUUCAAGUGUUGGAUCACCGAAGGCGGCAUCAACUGCCCCUGCCUGAUCCGCUAUCCGAAGUUCGCCGCUGGUGCCGCAGACCAAGAAGGCAAGAUCUCGCACUCCUUCACGACGGUCAUGGACAUCCUGCCAACCAUCCUCGACCUCGCCGGCGUGAAACACCCGGGCGACACCUUCCGCGGACGCAAGGUGCACCCGCCGCGUGGCAAGUCGUGGGUGCAGCACCUCAACUCAGGCGACCUGCAGGGCACGUCGGUGCAUGGCGAGGACGUGCAUGUGCAUGGGUGGGAGCUGUUCGGGCAGCGGGCGAUUCGCGAGGGCAAGUGGAAGGCUAUCUGGAUGAAUGCGCCGAGAGGUAAAGAUGACUGGGAGCUGUACGACGUCGAGGCGGAUCCGGGAGAGUUGCAUGACAGGAGCGGAGCGGAGCCAGAGGUGGUGGAGCGGCUUGUCAAGCAUUGGGAGCAGUAUUUUGCUGAAACGGGAAUGAUCCAGACUCCUGUUUUCGCUGUGACGAAGGCAUGA